AUUGUGGUGCUCAAAUUAUAUCUGCCUCUUGGGUAGAUUUGCCUAAACCACCGAAUGGAGAAUGGGAAGGUUGUAUGCAUAUGGAUAAUCGAUAUACAUAUUUAAAUCUUACGGUUAGUGCUCCUCAGAACCCACAAGCAAUCGGCACUUUGGUAUUUAGUGAUGACAAUGGCCACCAUGAACAAUUUUCUGACGAACCUUUACGGGUUAAUGACAAGCAGA